AUGCCUAACCCUUCCAGCGGCAUUCUGCACCUCAAGAACCAGAAGCCCAAGUACCAGAUCACGCACCCCAGCGGCAAGAUCGCCGAGACCGAGCAGGUGCGCCUGCGCGUGCACUACAACGUGCAACCAUGGGUCGGCAUGCUCUCGUGGAACCAGUACAGCGGCGACGGAAGCAUUAGCAGCUGGCUCCUUCCGCAGCGCGGCGGCGCCGGUUCGCCGCUGUGGCAGCCGCUGGCCGGUGGUGAGAGCAAGGCGUUUGAGCUGCCGGCCGUCGGUGCCAGCGGCAGCGCAAGCAAGAAGGACAAGGCGGCCGAGAGUUCGGCAUAG